ACACCCAGCCCCGCCCUGCGCCCGGCGCCCCCGCCUGCCCGCGGCCCCGGGCCCGCCAUGGCCCAGCAGAGAGCCCUGCCCCAGAGCAAGGAGACGCUGCUGCAGUCCUACAACAAGCGGCUCAAGGAUGACAUCAAGUCCAUCAUGGACAACUUCACCGAGAUCAUCAAGACCGCCAAGAUUGAGGAUGAGACACAGGUGUCAAGAGCCACUCAGGGUGAACAGGAUAAUUACGAGAUGCAUGUGCGAGCAGCCAACAUCGUCCGAGCUGGCGAGUCCCUGAUGAAGCUGGUGUCUGAUCUCAAGCAGUUCCUGAUCCUCAAUGACUUCCCAUCAGUGAACGAGGCCAUCGACCAGCGCAGCCAGCAGCUGCGUGCCCUGCAGGAGGAGUGCGACCGCAAGCUUGUCGCCCUGCGCGAUGAGGUCUCCAUCGACCUGUAUGAGCUAGAGGAGGAGUACUACUCGUCCAGCAAAGCUGAUGCCGAUUCCUGGGCUCCAGAGCAGAGCCCCUGGCCAGAGCAUUUGAUGGACAGACAGUUCACAGCCACCAUCAGGCCUGAGCCUUUCCCUCCAUGCAGAGGGAUGGAAAUCAUAGGACGUCUGGUAUGGAGGAGGCGGUGUCUGGAGAACGGUGUCCUCCAAGACAGGGGAGCCCUCCUCUGGGCAGAACUUUCUGGGCCUUGAUUCUGGAUCUUGAAUCCAUACCCAGGCGGUCCAGCCCAAGCCAUGCCCCUUUCUAGGAUACCACUGCUUGCCCAGGGAGGCAAUGCCGUGUACAUGAGGCUGAACCCCACGCUGUGGAUGGGGGCGGCCCUGGAGGGAGGAAAUAGGGUGUCUGGAUGUUGCUGUCAGGUCAGCUCUGUGCUGGCACUGGGUGCCACAGAGCAGGACCUGUCAUUGCAGCUCUCACAGGGCCACUUAGAAUCCUGAGACUGAGCCAGAGGGGCCUGGAAAUCCCUCCCACAUAAUUUACCUGGGAAACAGAGGCUGGAGACCUGAGGCCUUCCACCCUACCCCACUAGCUUCUAACAUACACAUUCAGUGUGUCAGUUGCCAAUUUGUCCCUUUUGUGCCCCCUGCUGGACAGACCCUUCCCUUCUCAUGGUAGAUGGAAAGUUUUCCUUUCUGUUAGACCUAGGCCACACCAGGAGGCCACAGACAUUCAGCAUGGUCUGUGGUCUGGGGCUUUGCUUUCUUGCCCUGGAUUUAGAAUCGUUGCCCAGCUAGAGAGAGCAGUUCUAGAUGUUUCUUGGGAUUCUGGGGCUGUCAUUGGUACCUGGAAAUGCAUCAGUUGAGUGCAGCAUCUCCUGCACGCCAGGGGACCCUUGCCUUAUGGGGCUGAAGGCCACAGGGAGUUGAGGACAGUCCUGAGGUCAUGCAGCAGAGCUGGGAUGGGAACCCAUAGGCCCCAGCAGCAGUCUCCCCCCAUUUGGUCUCUCUCUUCCUCUAGAGGGGGACCAGUCUGUGUUCCAUCUACCCCAGCCUCCUCCCCCACAGCUCCUGUGGGGAAGCAGCUGCCCCUUUUGCCUGUGGACGCCCUUAAGCCUUCAGGGCUCUUCCCACCAGAGCUGGCUGGUUUGGUCCACGCCUCCCUGCCUGCACUGUCCACUCACUGCUUCUCUUUCUGCCUCUGCCUCUUCUUUCCAUUCUCCUGUGUUCGGGUGAUGCUGAGAAUGAACACACGGAGCAGGCGAGGGGGAGGUGAUUAGACCCGGGGAAUGACCCGGCUCUGCCUGCCAGGAUGAUCUGCGCUCCUGCAUCCUGCCUCUCAGGCCCUCCAUAGGAAGCCCCAGGGGAGUGUGGGGGUGUCACAGAACCUGAGCAGCGGUGCUGGGAGGUGCCAGGGCCUGGGUCCCCACACAGGGACAGACCCAGCAGUAGGGCAGGGUUUCUGCCAUGGGUGUGGGGGUGAGCUUUGCAAAGGUUCAUGGGCACCUCAGCUGGUGAGGGGAGAGUCCCUGGGCUGGGGCAGGGCAAGCAGGGCCCUCAGGGACUUGGAGAGGCCCGAGUGGCAAUCCAGCAAGAACACCAGCUUGGUCCUUGGGGAGGACUUGCCAGGGUCACCUAGCCUGUGACAGGGCGGCCCCUACGGCCCCUCCCAUAGCCAGGAGUGCCUGAGAGGCCUGGCGCGGAGGAGAGGAAGGGGCGGCAGGCCAGGGUGGUGGUUGUGGUUUCUUAACUCUGCUUCCGUCUUGCUUUCCCCUCCCUGCUUCCCUCUGUCUGCUCCUGUCCCUCCCGGGGUUUCUGGUGGUGGAAAAGCUCCAGUCUUUGCGAAGCUAAUGACCUGCCUCUAUGUGAAGCUUACUGGAGGCUGGACCUCGACACCGACUCUGCUGAUGGCCUCCCAGCCCCUCUUCUGG